GAAAAAACUUUCUUGGGGAAAGAGCCCAACAAUGCUGCAAUCAGCGGCAGUGGAUAGUGAAUGAAACUGUUUGCGUUCGUGGUCACGUUUGUUUAGAUUUUAUUCUGAAACUAAAAGGUUCUAGAGAUUUUAAUGGCUACUCGCCGUUCGACGACUUGUUAUGAAGAUGAUACACUUUCCGAAAGUGAAGAUGUUAUUAAAAAAUCCAUUACUAUAAAAGUUUCUAUGUGCUCCAAAUAUCAUAUUUUAGCUUUCAUAUUAACUUUCUUCAGCUAUGCUUUGUUUCAUGCUACAAGGAAGACAUUUAGCAAUGUAAAGGUUACCAUAUCAGAAACAUGGACUCCUCAAAACCUUUCUCUGCCUGACAUCUUUGAUGAGAAUUGGAAUGGUCAUAAAUUAUUUAAAGAUCCAAGUGAUGCUUCAUUAUUUUUAGGUGUUUUGGAUACUGUUUUUAUGACUUCUUAUGCUAUUGGUUUAUUUAUUAGUGGUGCUGUUGGUGACAGAUUGAACCUGAAAUUUGUGCUUGCAUUUGGAAUGUGUUCAUCUUCUUUAACAGUUUUCAUGUUUGGAAUGGUAAGCGAAUGGCUUCAUUUCUAUAACAAAGUGUGGUAUGUUGUAUUUUGGGCUUUAACUGGAUUGUUGCAAUCUACAGGCUGGCCUACUGUGGUUGCUGUAAUUGGCAACUGGUUUGGAAAAUCAAGCCGUGGAUUUGUGAUGGGAGUGUGGGGUGCAUGUCCAUCUGUUGGAAAUAUAAUUGGAGCUUGUAUUGUGAACUUAGUAUUACAUUUUGGCUAUCAGUACUCCUUCUUAGUUACAUCCAGUAUCACAUUUGCUGCAGGAUGUGUGAUACUUUGCAGUUUAGUCGCUUCACCACGUGAUGUUGGUCUUCCUGAUCCAGAUGAGAACUGUUCUGAUCCUUCAGAUAAGAAACCAUUGCUUCAACAAGAGCCAUCUUCAAAAGUUUAUGAGAGGUCAAUAAGUGAAAGGCCAAAAGCAAUUGGACUGUGCCAUGCUUGCUGUCUGCCUGGUGUUAUAGCUUAUUCCUUUGCAUAUGCUUGUUUAAAAUUUGUGAACUAUUCAUUUUUCUUCUGGCUGCCAUACUAUUUACAAAUGGCUUACGGGUGGAAAGAAGAUAAAGCAGAUCUUCUCUCUGUUUGGUAUGAUGUUGGUGGUAUAAUAGGUGGUAUUCUUAUAGGAUAUUUAUCAGAUCGUUUAGAAACUCGAUCUCCAGUGGUUGGAAUCAUGCUCUUGUUAUCUCCAGUAGUUUUAUUUGUUUAUAGUGGGGCUUCUUCAAAUCUGGUAGAAAAUGCUGCCCUAAUGACUCUUACUGGCACAGUGAUAGGAGGUGUGUCAAGCCUUAUUAGUACAGCUGUUUCUGCCGAUUUAGGAAGGCAUACCGAGCUUGCUAACAGUAAAGAAGCUCUUUCUACUGUAACUGGCAUCAUUGAUGGCACUGGCAGUGUUGGAGCUGCUAUCGGACAAAUAUUAGUGCCAGUAGUAAUGAAACGCUUUGGAUGGAAAUCAGUAUUUUAUCUGUUCAUUAUUAUGACUAUUUUAACUCUUUUAUGUGUCAUCAAGAUUGUAAUUCGUGAUACUAUUGACUUGGUAAGAAGAGUUUUGAGAUGGAGAAAUUCUACAUUGGUUAAUGAUAAACUUAUCAAUGCAGAGAGAGAAUGAAUUUUUUGAGUGCUUUUCUGUUGUUUAAUAUAAUAAUCCAGUUUACGUCAUACUGCCAGAGAAAUAAGCACUUAUAAGGAUUCACACUAGUCACAUUAUUUCUGUUAAAUGUAUUUGUCUUGUGUUAUUUAAGUGUAGUUUAGUUUAUUAUCACCUUUCAUUGUUAUUUUUGAUGUCUUGUGCAAAUGUGUUUCAUAAUAUAUUUUUAUUGUUCUUAUGUUUUCAUAUACUUUUAUGUAGUACAUGAAAUGUUAUGUAAUGCAUUUCACGUAACUUUAUGAAGAAAAUUCAUAAUCAUAUGUAAAACGAUUUUGCAGCUUGUUCUGGAGCUUUAAUUUAUGUAUUAACAUGCAUUGUGAAGAGCUAAAUUCAUAAGUAAACAACUGUAUAAAGUUUUUUGAAAAAAUGUUAAUUGCAGGCUAUUACAAACAGGUACACACAAGCCUUUCAUAUAAAUAUGUGUGCUAUAAGCUCUUUCUAAUUAAAAUUAAUUAUUGCUCUUUUUUUAAGAUAAAAUUGUUAGUGUUUAUUCAGUGUACAUUUUAUGGUGUCCUAAAACAAAAGAAAGUGUAUAAAAUAGCCUUUAGUAGAAAUGAAAAUUUUUAUAGUAUUUAUUUAUGAAAUUCAUUAACCUGAAUUUUUAUCAGUUAUAUGGUGGGAACUUUCCCAAAAAGCAUUUUGUUAAACCUGGUUUCUGAAGAAAAACUGAAUCUGAGUAUUUCACUCAGUAAUAAAAUAAGUAGGUGUACUGUCACUUGGAUAUUAAAAUUUAAAAUAUAUUUUAAUGAAAUUAGUAUUGUGGGAUAUUUAUUCUGUAUGCAAAUUAACAUUUUUCUGUUCAUGUUAAAUGUGAAAUCUGCUUCAGUUACAUUUUUCUUAUCUGAAUUUAAAUGGUACUGAAAUUCUAAGUUAUUUUAUGUCUGAUAUUAUAUGAUAUCAUAGAAAUUACCUUAGACACUGUUAAGACUGGUUUGUUCAUGUUAUUUUAUUGUACACUGUUUGACGGGAUUUCAUUUGAAAAUUUAGCAUGUGGUUAAAGUGUAUAUACAUAUUUCUUAUACAAGGUUUUAAAUUUGUUUUAUAAAAUCAUUUUAAUAAUAUUAGAUGUUAUUUUUGUACCAUUUUAUACCUUGUUAGAUAAAUUUCUUUUCCUGGUGUAAUAAAAAAACCAUAUAAAAUCUUAUUUUAUUCUC